GCGGGGGCUGCUGCGGGGAGGGCCGGGCCGGGCUGCGGGCAGCAGCAGCGGGCAGCGUGAGCCUCCUGCCCGCCCUUUUACUCUGGGAGGAGCGAGGGGCGAGGCGAGACAGGCCCUGAGGGGCAGGGCUGGGCAGCUCCCCUCGGCCCCCUUCUGGGGGGCUCCAGCGGCAGUUCAGAGGUGCUCGGUCCGUUUUUCUUUAAAUCAAAAAAGAGCUCGCAGAGAGUUUGCGUUGUCCUAAGGCACCACUAAGUAAAGUCCCCGUGCCUGCUUCGUCAGAUUCCUUGUUUAUGAGAUGCCUGUUGACUGGGUCCCAAAGACGUAGAAGAUCCUGGCAAUGUUCACGGAAAAAACCCAUGUUGUAACAGGCUGGAGCUGGCUAGACAUAGUGAAACAAUACCUUGGUCCAGGUGAUUUGAAAGAGGAUUCUGCACCUUCUUUCAGCCGUGCUCUCAGCAGGGUACUGCUGGGGUUUUUGGCUGCUCACUCUUUGUGGCUGUAGCCUGUUGCGUGUGGUGUAAACAGCUUUGGUGGGAGAGCGCUUGCUGGUGAGUGCUGUGAUGGUUUUCUUGCAGAAUUCAGUCUCUCUUAACAGUAAGCAGCUAUUGCUAGUCUUUCACCAGAGUUCAGUGUGUUAAAGAGAGCCCGUCUUUCCCCUGGAGAGUUAAAAGUUCAAGCUUCAGUCAAGUAUCAUUUUAGUCUCUCUGAAUUCAGCUCCUACUUAGAAGAAAACUUGGUUGUUAGGCUUUUUUGUUUUAUGUAGAAGAGUCUGAAGCUCUCAGACGUUUAAAGUGUUUAUGACAGUCCUAAAACAAAGUAGCCAGAUGUCAGGGGAGAAACCUAUAUGGCCAAUAAAAAUUCAAAUUUGAUGGGAUGUGAUCAUAAACCCUUCAUAAAAUAUAUUAAGCUCCCAUUGUGACAGCAAGCAAUUCUGCACUUUUUAGCAAAUUUAACAGAAACAUGGGAGCAUAGAGUCUAAUCCUUCAAAAAAAAAUUUUUUUAAAUGACUCAAAUCUGACAAAUAGAUUACGGAUACUCAUCUGUCCUGACAGACUCUUCACAUUUAAAAAACAUAAAGUGAGGCAGCAUAAAUAAAAAGAAGGAUUUGGCAUCUAUAUAUGUGUGUUGGGAAUAUAAAUGUAGGAUGGGUAAAAAGCACCAAUAAUGUAAUUUUAAUAGGAAUCGUAUAUUAUAAAGAGAUAGGCGUUUCACUUAUUUUUCUGCUGCCUUUUCUUGGAGGAUUAUAGCUUAUUUUUUGUGUGUGCUGGAAUAACUCAUCAAGGCUGAUGGGAUAGGCUUAGAAUGCAGAAUUUAACGAAAUUGUGUGCUUAUAAAUGUGAACUAUGAAAUAGAAGGCAGGGUACGUUUUAAGUACCUCAGUAUUAGGAGGAAAAAUUAUAGUAUCUGGAACUUGGUAGAGCUAAGUAUACUCAGCUGAAGACCAAUAUAUACAUGAGAUAAGACCUCCAAAUUUUGGUUCUUAUUUUAGGUUAGAAGGGAAACAUUAGUGGAGUGGUUUGUUCUUCAUUACUGAAAGCAGGAGGCUCAUGGGGACUGUGCCCAUGAAUUUUAUGAGUAUGUGGGCACUUUUGUCAGUCUGGGUGUUGCAGUGCGUACAUGCUGGUUUUAUUAACCUUGGUAUAGAAGCCCUUUUCUGCCUCAUCUUGGACUAACAGCAGAAGACAUGGUGUGUUGAAUAGAGUUGACCAUGGACCUUGUUCUGACCCAUGAGACACCGUUUGGAGUGUACUGCAUUAUUUAGUACUACUAAUGUGUUUCCAAUUAAACUGACAUCUUAAAUACUACCUUUUCCUGGCAGAUAAUGAAAUCCUUAUUUUUUUUCCAAGGAAGCUGACAUGAAAGAAGCCAGCCAUGAGAGGUUGCAGGAAUUUGUACUGACUGUGUGAUUACUAACAAGCAAGCACUAUACGAUACCAUAGGCUGGAGCCGGCUGUCGUUUCUGUUAAUGACCGUUGCCAGACAAGUGAGGAACAUUCAGGUGAUUCCAGGCAAGCCUCAGAAAGGGUGGGCUGCAAAACUAGCUUGUAGCUGGAAGUGGAUGAAGAUUACUCACCACCUUCUAGUCCCAGGUGCAUCCUCCUAGGCCUUCAGUCUGACAAGAAAUCCGUAUAGUACAGUACAAAGAAGAGGAGAUACCUGAAAUUUACUCCCAGAAGUGUAAUUCAACAAACCCAACAACCUUGACCUGUAGUGUGAAGAUGAAUGUUUAGGAUGCUUUUCCUCUGAACGCUCUGAGGAACCUCAAGGAAGGAUAAGAAAGAAUGAAAACAUUCUUAUUGAUGCUUUUGAGGAGGAGGAGGAGGAGGACCUGGAGCACCUAAGACGCUUUGGUCACUUCCUCCAUGAUCCCUAUGAGGAAGACCAUUGCUUGCUUGCAUUACACCGUUCCUUGGCAGCUGCAAGAGGAAAUGCUGCCAUUGUAUCAUGUUGAAGUCAAGAGGGAUGUGCAGUUGUUGGAUAUGAUCAGGACCAGCUGGACUCACCUGGGCACCUAUGCUUAAGCCCAUUUCCAAAACCUGUAGGAGUUUUGUUGAGAAAAGGCAGCAAGAUCACUGUCCGUUGUGCAACAUAACUGCUGUUAAAGUUCUCUGCGAGAUGACACGGUGAUGUUGGAGAGUCGUUUCAACUACAGGAAGCACAGAACUGGUCAACAUGAUAACGGAGAGCUGGCAUCGUGAUGUAAAUAUCCCCCCCAGCCCCCGUGGAAACCGGCCGGGCCUGUCUCAGGGAGUUUGCUUAAGCCAAGCCGUGCCAGCAUCCCUGGAAAAGUUCUUCUGCAACAAAGGACCUCCCAGAUGAGUUGUGGGGCUGGGAGCCGGCGCUGUGCUGCUCGAGGUGCUCGGCCCGUGCAGGAGGUAGGACUGUAAAGAGAGCUGAGAAUGAGAUGGACUUACCAUGAAAGACCUGAAGCUCUUGGUAUACACAUCGUUGAUGAGCUGCAGAUGAACACAGCGUACGCCUUGGAGGAUGGAUGUGAAUGCGGACUGGGACUCUGAGAAUAGCAUUUGUGACACAGGUGAGAAGCGUUCACGUUAUUCCAGAAAGACCACUAAGCAGGUGGGCCACACAUCUAGCCUCCAGAAGGAGGUAGACAUGAAUUACUCGCAGACAUGCAGUCCGUGUUGCAACUCUGCUGGACCUUCAGGUAAGCAGGAGCUUCCUGCAGAGCUGCAGUGCGAAGACAAAGAAACCUAUGAGACCUACCAGCAUCGAGGUGAGAGUACAGCUGGGGUAUUCGUCCCCUCCAGUACCAGGUUUGACCUGCAGUGUGAAGAUAAAGAUUCAGAGCACUGUUCCUCUGAGCAGUCCAAGAAACCACAGAACAGACUACGUGACGAUAGCAAAAAUACCAUUCUUGCUGAUGUGUUCGAUGAGGACCUGGAGCCUGUCCCCGAGGGAGCUCUGCCGUAUCGGUGCAAGAAGUGUGGUGCUGCUUUCCAGGGUAUGAGCGAGCUGCGGGAACAUAAGCGAACUCACCUUGUGGAAAACUCAUACCGAUGUCCUGUCUGUGCCAAAGAGUUCUUCCGUGCGGCAAAUUUGCGAAUGCACAAGCUCAUUCAUUCUAGUGACAGGCCACACAAAUGUCCAGAGUGUGACAAGGGUUUCAUUCGCACAGCCGAUGUCUGGAGGCACCUACGCAACGUGCACAAGAUAGAGCGCUCCAUGGUGAUCUUGGGAAACGGCAUGGCUAGGAACCCGUGGUCGAUAGUGCACCGUAACCAGCACACUGUUGAGUACACUGAUCAGCCUUGUGCAGAGAACCAGAAGUCUGAGGAAGAUGACUAUAAUAAACCUUAUGCCUGUCCAACAUGCGGCAAAGGUUUCGAUAAGCCUAACCUGCUUUCCAAACACAAGGUGAUCCACCGGCAAGAGAAGCCCUAUAAGUGUCAGGAAUGUGGCAUGGCAUUCGUCCAGCUGCUCAGGCUGAAAAGACACCAGCAGACUCACUCUGGGGAGCGUCCCUUCUAUUGUGAGGAGUGUGGAGGGACGUUCACGCGGCUGGCAUCGCUCCAACGCCAUCACCGCAUUCAUACUGGAGAGAAGCCCUACUCUUGCAAUUACUGUGGUCAUUCAUUCACUGAGUCAGAUACCUCUGCCGGGAUGGCUGGACCCCGCGUACCAUAUGCAUUCGCUACAGCUGUGAGUGAGACUUCUCCAAACUCCCCUCUGCAGAUUUUGCUGGCUGACUGUGUACAGACCUUUAAGACAUGACCACCACCCCUGGCAGUGGAAAUGAUGGAGUCAGCCUAGCGUGCACCUUCCUGUCAUGGUUUAACCCCAGCCAGCAAAUAAGUACCAUGCAGCCGCUUGCUCUCUCUCCUGCCCUGCAGUGGGAUGGGGAGGAGAAUUGGAAAAAAGACUGGUCCGCCAACCGUUCCUGGAAAAGCUGGCAUGCUGGAGGUCGGACAGGCUGAAGCAGAGUGAUAUGGGCUCUGGAGCAGCACAAACCCACUACGUUUCUGGGCUUCAUCUGACACCUGCUUCCCUUGUGGGGGAAGGGGAUACUUGUCCUAAGACCACGCAGAGCCCUGUUCUCCCUUCUGGAAGCAGAGCUCUGUGCUGAAGAUGCAGCCAAGAAAAUACCUUAUGAGAUGCCAUAUACUAAGGAAGCACAAUGACAUACAACUGGGUGAGAAAACAGUGAUUUAAGAAGAAAGAGGUGUCACGAAAUCUGUAACACGCAGUAACCUCCAGCAAUGUGUUACCAUGUCAUCUUCCAUGGCCCUGUCCCUCUCGAAGGUUAGAGCAACCCUCAGCCUUAGUCUGUGUUGUGACCUAUAAACCCAGGCCUGCUUGUGGACACCUCCUGUCUCAGGUGGGUAAUCUCAGUUACAAACUCCACAGCCUCUUAGAAAAGAUCAGAUUAAAAGCAUUUAACAAGUAUAGCUGAAAACCCAGUUCCUUCUCUAAAGGUUAAACUUCUGAACUGCAGAUAAUUACUACUCUUCUCCUCCCUUUGAUGGCAUCUCCUAUGUUAAGCUGUAGAAACAAUAUGUAGGUGCUUCAAAGUUUAAAAUAAGUGAACAUCUCUUGAUGUGGCUGUGAGUUAAAAAAUACCAUCUUUGUGUUUCCAAAUGAAGAACCCAUGGCAGAAGAGCUGGAGGUGUGUUCCCAUUCAGCGGGUGAGUCACCAGCAGAGCUGAGGGCAGUGCUCUGUGCCAGGGUCUUACUUCGAAGAGCAGCAAGGCUGGUACUUGCAAAGCCAGCCUGUUGGCAGGGGACAUGGGACGCUGCUCUGCUGUCCCUGUGCUGCUGGGCGAUUGCAUGUUCAUUAGCUGCAAAGGGGUGUACCAGCCCUGUACACAGCCCUUGGGUAGGGCGGACAUGGUGGUGCUUGGUGGGACUGAAGCGCGGCUGCCUUGUGCUCCUUGCUGCUGGGCUGGAGCUGCCAGCUCUGUGCUGCCCACAUGGUUUGGUGUCAGUGGGGCAUCUGCCAGCCGUGGCUUUGUGUGGAGAUGGUGGCGUGGGUGCUGCCCCAGCGCCUGUGGCACUCCGUGCUGGAGGGGCUCUGCAGGGACAGUCCCCUGCAGGCAGGGAUGGAGGAGAACCAGGCCUGGGUGGCAGAGGCAGGCUGGCGUGUCCUGCCGAGCAGCAGGCAGCAGAUGGCAAUGUCGCCUUGCAAGAGCUGCAGGGAAGGAUGCAGGCAGGCAGGGAUGCAGGUAGAUGUUUGCUGUGCUGACAACUUGAAGUGACCCUCUCGGCAGUGGCUGCAGCUUCUUUAGGGACCGGACAAAGUGACCCUCUCGGCAGUGGCUCCAGCUUCUUUAGCAGACGCUGGAGAGUUUCAAGCAGCACUGGAUACCUGGUAGAGGUGCUCCUUGGCCCCGGGCUAUCUUGGGUCCCUGCUCCCUGUGGCCACCCAGGUGGGAGAGGUGAGCGAGGGGGAAGGCAGGGACACCCUUUUCUGCCUGCUGCCCUCCCGUCCUGCCAGGGAAAGGCUGCUCUGGGGCUGCCCACACUGGACUGGUUGCAGUUGGAGUAGCCUCAAGAUAUGAAAAAGCCCAGGCUAGCUCUUGCCACACCCUUGCGGGGUAUGAUUUUGACAGCUGGGGAAACUGAGGCAGGGAGUGUGCUUGUGAAUGGGUACUGGAGUCACCACGGAGCUGGUCAGCUGUUGUUUCUAGCAGUGGGGUGAAGCUGCUCCCACCGCUGAGCCUUGGUAAAGGCUUGGCGUGGCCAGGACACAAGCUUUGGCAGGGUGUCAUGCCUCCUUUCCCUGACUCACCUCGUUGCCAGUGGGUAUUUUUGGGGUGCAGCAGGCUGGGGGGCUCAGGUGGCCGCAUCUCUUCAUGCUCAGGGAGCGCUCCGUGCCCCACAGAGCCAUGGUGGGGUGGAAAGCCAGGCUGUUCGCUGUUGCUGCCUGGCUUGGCCGCAUCUCGGGGCCAUGGGGCCAUCCCAGAGCUGUACCUCAGGGGACUUUGUGCAGCCGUGCGCUCUCUAUCUGAUGGGAGGAGAGCCAGUGCUGGAAGCUCGCUCUUCCCCUUUUCUCUGAGAGGCUCCAUCCCAUCCUUUAUCAGGUAGGGCUGCUGAGCUCAGGGAAAUGGGAGCUGGUUUCCUGCUCGGGGCAGGCUCCUGAGGAGUGGCCAUGCCAUUUUGCUGACUUCCCCGAGCUAACAACAUCCUAGCUACUGCAUCAGCAGUACGGAAAACAGGGCUGGCAUCAGCCCUGGGUGCAGUUGGGAGCUCCAGGGUGCUGCCAAUGUAACAUAAGCAGCCAAGGCACCUCAUUGCAGGCCUGUGAAGGAGAGGCCAAAAGGUACUGGGAAGUGAUUUUGAGUUGUCAAGAGGUGUACUGCGGGUCCCCUUGGCCUCCCCAUUGCCUGGCUCCAGCACAUGUCACCUUGGGCUGGGACCAAGCUAUUCACCAGGGAGUGAGGCACUGAACUGCACUUACUGGGGCCAUCCUGUGCUCCCCAAGCAGGAGUGCUUCAAAUUGGCACAGGGCCAUGCCGGUGCUAGAAAACAAAUUAAUUUAUUCCAGUUGAACACUCCUGAUUCAGCACUUUUCCUGCCAGCACUUUACAGCGGGUGUGAGGUAACAAGAAGAUACUGUGCACAGCGGGGUGACGGUCAUCCUGGCCAGGUAUCUUCUGAUUAGGUGCAAUACAGAGAUACUGACUGUGCACUCUCGGCACGCUGGGGCCAGAGGUGGGGUUCGGCAAAAGGUUGUGUGGGUCAGGGAAACAGGGAUGGAUCCUCAUGGUGCCCCUGUCACCCACCCUCAGCUUAUCCCUGGCUCUGUGCUAAAGAAUGUGAGUGCCUUGGAAGGUGCUGGUUUUGGGAUUCUUCUUAAAAAAAAUUAAGGCUUUAUGCCAGAAGGCAUCAGGUCUGUGUGGCCUGAGCCUAAUUUCUUCUUCUGAGAGAAUUUGUGUGGCUCUGUUUUCUUUUUACAUUUACCUAAAGCGUGGCAUUUGUGUCAUCCGUUAAACAGCAGCCAGGCUCUGCUGCAGCAGCAGCUGUGUUUUGAGGGCAGGAGAAGUGUUCUGGGCUGAUACAUCCACAAAACAUUGCAAACGGUGCUUAUGAGAGAGCGAUCAGACUGAGUGAGAGGUCCCGAGAGAGGCACUGAGGUUUUUGAGCUGGGCUCUGCAUUAAUGCUAUGUGUGGUUUCAUGUAUUCCUCCCCUCUGAAAUUAUGCUUUGGUUUAUAGGAGAGACUUGACAUUUCACAUUAGCCCUUUGCUGAGACACUUGUCUCAGCUGGAGGAGCACCAAUUGACUGAGGCACAAUGCGAAGGCGCAGAGGUCUUCUCUGUCCAAGAGGAUGGGUUUUCGUUCCUAUUCUGCUGAGAGGUCAUGCCCUGGAGAGAGGUGGAAAUGAGUCCUCGUAACCCAUGGAGGGCAUGUGUCUGGGGGCACCCUUACACCUGGGGACUGCUUGAGAGCCAAAGAGGACGGGAUCAGGAUGCCCUUAAAGAAAGCCAGGGACAGUUUGCCCAGGUGCUUCAGGCUGUGCUUGGUGGAGAGGAUGCACACCCACACCACUGGUGCCAAACCUCUUGUGACUGCCCCUGUGAUGCUCUGGGUGCAAAGCAGAAGUGAGGUUUGAUGUUACAGAGCUCAGAUUUGGGCUGAAGCAUUGCCUUUUUCCAGCAGGAGAAGAAGUGCCCAGGGUUGCAUCUCCCAGUCUGGCCUCCAAGAUGCUAUCACUUACCCCAUCUUCUCUCUGAUGGCCGCCAGGAAGGUGCCUCACUCUGCCAGGUGGCCAAGGUGGAUCUGCAGCGGCCCUGCGUGUUUAUGACAGUGGCAUGGGUUUAAUUUUGUGCUGUCAAGCUGCAUGGGAGCACUGAGUAGCUCUGGAGUUUCUCAGCCCAUGCUGGCGAUGGAGAUGUCGUCCAGGUGAACCCAGGCUCUUCAGCUCGGCUACACCUCCACAUGGCCAGGGUGGGUAUGAGUAGUGGCUUAAUGCAACCAAAUCCUUGUGGGAUCUCAGCAUGUGGAGGACUUGAAGUUAGCGACCUUGUUGCAAAGGGUGGAAAGCAGGAGGCCAGGUAACCACGCAGCUUACAUCUUGCAGGGAAAUUGCUGCCAGCAGUACUACCAGCCAGAUGGGAUUGUCCUGACAUCCAAACAUUUUACAGCUGCCUCCAGAGGAGUGUCAUGUUCCCUGGUCAUUUUGGGUGUCACGACAAUGUUGGCUGAAGACAGGAUGGGACAAACAUUUUCCUGACCCCUGGAGCCCCAGCGGUGGCUGCAAGCUGCUGCCCUAGGUUGCAAACAAAAAGCAGGUGGGCUGGCUCCUGCAGGCACUGUGUUGCAGCCGUUGGGCAAACUGCAGGAACAGAGCUUGUGCAGGACUGCAGACAUCCCGGGGAAUGGCGGGCUGCACUGUGCCAGUCUCUGGGGGGCAGCUGGGAGAGGCUGGGAUGGACACCAUGUCCCUGUGUGUGCUGGUGGUGCUCCACCCCAGGGAGAGGCUGUUGCCCAGGGCUUCUUGCACAAACUGCGUAGGGUGAGGAAAGCUGGGGCCUGGGGACAUGGAGAAUCUUGGGAUGUUGUCCCGUGGCAGCUCUCCUGCAACAGCUGCCAGAGCUGGGCAGGGACCACGCUGCAGCUGCCUGCGGGAAACACCACGAAUUACAGCUCCCAGGGGGCGAGGGCAUUGCCAGGCAAGUGGGACCAGCUCAGCUGUGCAGGAUCUUCCCUCCACAGGGAUGGGGCAGGCAGCACUGGUGCAGGAUGUGUCAAUAAAUAGGUGUUAUUUCUUAAAAAGACUUCAUGGUCUUUUUCUCCUGUGCUCUGCUUCCCUCAUCUGCCUCUCAGCAUCUGCCCUUCUCAUUGACUCCAGUGAAUCAUAUCAGGACACAGAAUACCUGGCCUGAAAGCGCGCAUCUUGCAUGGAUAACCAGCACCAUCAUCGCUUUCUGGCUCUGCGCUCCUCCAGCACGAAGCCAGAAGAUUCAAAGCCCCAAGCUUUAACCCUUAGAGCCCUUCUGAAUUACACCCGUAGAUGGGAUCCCCGCAAGGACUGCCUUACAUUCAGCAUUCAUGGUACAGCCUCUCUUCCAGCAGCAUUUCCAGGAUCCAGCACUUGUUUCCAGGAUUUCAAAGAUGACUGGCAAAUGGCAUGCAGUUUCUCCCCAGCCCUUGCACGGUUCUGCCUGGGGUGAGCUUUUCCUCUGCUCUGCCCACUGCUCCCUGCUGCUCCCAUCCCUCCUGCUUGUUUUCUGCAUCCUGCAGAGCCAGCUGGGCAAUGUGCUCUACUAUUUUCUUCCAAAUGAAGUUUCCUACAGUAGUAAAAAAGGAAAACUGUGCUUUGUGUUGCAACUGAGAAAUGUCCAUGCCCUACAGUUCUACCCUGUGCGCUCCUCUUCCCUAGAAGUGUGUGGUUACUUACACAGGUCAGUCUGGCAAAGACCCCCGAGUCCCCCUGGUCCCCAUUCAUUCCCAGUUGUGCCCAAACCCCUUGCCAAUGGGCAAUGCCUGGGGGAGUCUGGGGAGCAUCCUGCAACAUGGGGCCACACUGACAACCUCCAGGUCGGUCUUCUGCAGACACUGGAGAAGCAGAGGACAUUUACCCUCCCUGUGAUUCCUCACCAACAUCAGUUCCAAACGGAUGGUCCUGUGAUCCCCACCAUAAUGAGAACCCAGCUCUGGUCCCAGUCUCCUUCACGGAUCUCCACUCUCAGACCCACCAAAGCAAGACUCAAAGCACCCAAAUAGCCCAUGCAGUUCAGAGCAUGGCCGUUCAAGCAGUGGUGCUUAGAACUGGACCUGCCUGUGCUUGCACACUAAGACAGCCUGGAUGCUCGAUCUCUGUAGGACAGACAGCUUACAGGAGCUGUGCAGUGUAAUUCCUCAUCAAGUUUGAGUCUCUGAUGCAAAAAUCAUGGCACGGCAAUAGUGGCCAUGGCCUGUUCCUGUCUGGUGACACUGCCGAGGGUGGGCAGUAAGGUGCAGAUAGCUGAGUUACAAAGGAAGGAGGAAGCCAUGGGCAGAAGAGGCAUCUCCUACACCCUGAAUCAGGUUGCUUCAUGUUAGUGUUAUGGGACUGUGGGGUCUUAGGGUCUGUCAUUCUUUCCUAGAUGAAGGCUGACCUCGCCUCACAGGCUGUUGAAGCCUUAGCAUCAGCUAAUCCAGCAGAAAGGGGCAAGCAGGGAUACUGAGAGGGAGAUAAGUGACAGAGGGACAAUUCCAACCUGGAAAAAGCCUUUCCUGGAGGUUUCUCUGCUACUUCACUCUGCCUGUGGCUACAAGCCUCCUGUUCCAUGCAGAAAAAGGAGGAGGCUUUGAAACAUCCAUUUGCAACCCCUUUGUCCCCCUCCUGGUGUCACCUGAUCACUGGCGUAGGAAUCUGUGUUUAGGUGGGUAAUACAAAGGGAAGAAACAGCUGCCCGGUGUAAAACCCAUGGGAUGGGUGGAUCGUGCCAAGGAGGCAGCAGCAGAGCGUUUUGGGCAGCUCCCAGGCAGCUGACGAGCCUUUGGCUGGUAAUGUGGCACGGCAUGGUGGCUACAGAGAGAGGUUGGUCUCCAACAACCGCCAGAGACAGACCGUGCUCCUAACAGGUAUGGAGCAACCUCUGCACUGCAACCUCGGAGCUGACUCCAUGUCCAAAGGAUGCAUAGCAAAUUCCUCCUGAACCUCUCGAGGAACUGGACUGUUGGAUGGCCACAUGCCAUCUUCACCGCUGCAAACCUGUUCAUCCUCGGUGUGCUUUCACAUCACUGAAGAGUUGGCUGGCAUUUCUCCUCGCCCACUGCGUACCCAGCACCGGGCAGAGACUCCUCCUGGGUUCCUUGUGUCUCACUAUCUGUGCUCAGAUGAUCUGCUGCAUUAUAGUCAUUACAUUUAACUGGAUUAGAUGACUGUUACUGCAGUUACUGUUACUGUUUUGCACUGGGUGUAUUUAUAGGGUGCACUGGUCAUAUUUAUAGGGCUGCAGAAUCAAGUUACAACUUUCAGGGCUGCAGACCUGGGCCCCGUAUGCCAAAGUAACCCUGGAUAAAGCGGAGCAUCACCCGUCAGUACUGGCGCUUCCAGGGGGUCUUGGUGGCUUCUUGCUGCAGGGCAGCAUUUGGCACUGCAAAUAGAAUCCCCACCUCCCUGCACCUCAAAUCAUGUUUGAUCGCAGUAUAGUGAAAUAGAAAUCUGAUUUGGGGGAAUGGGGCCAGGGAGAAGAUCUUAAAUCUUUCUGCCUGAAGAGGGGGCAGUUCACGCAGCCAUCAGUUCCUGCAAGCCUAGGAGCUGGAAAAAGAAAUCUUUAAACUGCCUUAUAACAUCUUGAUUGUCUUUGGGGGUGGAGGCCUGUGGGUUCAGUGAGUGGGGGAUGCCAUUUGUCACAGCCUGGUCUGCUGUCCCCGCUAGAUACCUGCAACACUGGGCUUCCCACUUACCCAGCAAGGCGGGCGCUCCGCACUUUUGACGAUGCUGGGGCACUUUGGUGCACGUAUCCCAAGGAAAGCCACAUUCAAGAACUAAUACAAACUUUGUCACACGACACAGGCUUGCGCAAGCAAGUGCAAAAGCCCCCCAUGCACACCCCAGCCCCACUGCAAGCACAGCUCCCUGCCCCAGCGCCCCAAGGGUACCCUGCCAGCGUCCCCAAAGCCACCUUCCCCACGGCAGGCUCUGCCCAUUGAGGUCCCCCAGCAGCUCGGAGGCAGGGGUGAUGUGGCUCUGUGGAAAGCUGCCAGCUGUUCAGCUGCCAUUAUUAUGGCAGCAGUAAACACCUUCCCACAGCUGGCCAAAGUCCAGCAGCAGCGGCAGCCCCACGGCUGUGACACAGCCCAUGUCCCAGGGCCACCCUGCUGAUGUUGGGUGCCAGCGUCCCUGCCCCUGGAGGGAGCGAGGCAACCUCUCUGCUCACCCUGAUCCAGCUGCGGAGUGUUUGUGCAGACCUGGAGAAUAAUCCCUCUGGGACGGCUGAUUCAGCCACGGUGAGCAGCACCAGGCAUGGACCAGCACCCAGCUAGAUGCUGACCUCCGCUUUGCACAGGUCUCGCUUGUCAAGCAUCUUCUUUGUGUCCAUCUUCUUUGAGUCUGGAGGAUGUCUCUGAGGGUGCGCACACGGAGCUCCUUGCUAGUUGGCCUUAAGGAUGAUGAACAUUGAAAAGUAGUAAGAAAUUGAGCCGCUUCACCCGGCUGUCUUUAACUGCAGGCAGUCUCGGCUGUGCAACUGUGCUGCACGUUCAGAUGAGCUAAAAUUAGCUACGCUUCCAUGCAAAGGCUGUGGCAGAGCUGUUCUUGAAGCAGCGUGGCAUUAUGAACUGCUGCUGAUGAUUCUUGGGUGUUAGUACACGGCCAGAGCUGUAUCUGUGCUGGGCAGCCCUUGUCCCAAAGAUGAACAUUUUCAAAAGAAACUCUCCUGGGGACAAGGGGAGGGCAAAGUGAGUCACCUGAAGGCUCAGGCUGUGCUAUGGCCAGAGCAAAGACCCUGGUCCCACAAGCAUGGGGAGCUUCUCUCCAACCCCUUGGGCUUUUGCCUGCUUACCUCCUUGCAACACUGCUCCUGUGUCCAGCCCCUGCACCAUGGCACCAGCCUGACCUGCUGCUUGCUGCUGGAGAGAAGAAAAACUCAUGAGCCCAUCAGCAGCCAUCUCAUCCCAAUAUCCCAAUGAAUGAACAGGAGGAUUGAUAAAGCAGAGCUGUGGCAGCUCCCUGAGUGCUGGGGAGAAAUGUGGUCUGGCAGAGCCAAAAGCUGACUCUGGGGUGAUGCUGGGGACUUUGCUGUGGGCAAUGCGAAGGAGAAAAAACAGCUCUUUCAUCGGUGUCUGGCUGCUUGUGGAUGGCAGUCGGAAGAGCAAAGGCACCUCCAUUGCUUGGAGACCCUCCAGCAAGCAGGGUGCAUGGCAGGGACCUGCCCGCCCUGCAAGGCCAUGACUGACCCUCCAGCAUGGGACAGCUCUUUGGAAGUAAUGAGGAACUCCAGCACAUGCACUAAAAAUAAGGAAACAGCAGACAGAAAAAUAAAUCACUUUGCAGAGGCCCUCGCCUGGGAGGCUGAGCCAGGAGGCUCCCGUGCGCCUGGGCUGACUGAGCCCUGAUUUGUGGUCUGACCUCAGCCACACUCAUUGAACUCCUCCGGCUCCGGCUUGCCUGGCUGGAAAACCGAGUAGAAUAAAAAGCAGGAUGUCAAGGCUGAGCUUAGCUUUUCCUUCUGCCGAUAAAUCACCGGGGGAUGAGGAAAUUGGCUGUUUGUUUGCAAACAGCUUGCUCUCGGCCUGCCAAGUCUGCCUGAGCAGGUUGCAUGGCUGAGGUGGGCGGGCAGGCAAACUCCCUGUGCCUGGUGGGAAGGUGAUGGAGAAUGAGCCCAACGAGCUGGUCCGCAGCAGCGGGCUGGUACCCGGGGAGAGGGAGCAGGGCAUAAACCAGUGAUGCGCAAAGGUAAAAGUGGAGGACCCUCUGCCUUCUGCUGAUGCAACAUUUGCACCACGUCCUCGGCACCUGGGUCGCACAAACACUCUCUGCCACAGCUACCAGGGAAACUACAUAAAUCACCUAAAAAGAAAAAAUACAAGCUUUUUUUCUUCAAACAUUUUCCAACCACUGGUACAAGAAGUGUUGUUUUUUUCCUUUCCAUGCAAGAAAUCCUUUACUUUAUGCUCUCGCACGUUGUGCCAUCCUAGUCUGUGUUUUGAGGGAAUGGGGUUGGUGUCCGACAGCCUUGCCAAUGCUCCCAGGCUCUUUGGGGUAUAGUGCGCUGUGUAAAUGCAAAUACAGCUUGCUUUCCCUUCUCCAGCUGAUGGGAAGUCGGGAAGGGUGAUAUGUUUUAGCUGGUGAAGUAAAUCAGCCAGAGAAGAGGGCUGCUCUCGUGGAUAUUCAGAUCAUAGCAAAUGUCAGUAAGUGUUUUCCAUGGUAAAGAGUUUAUCUAGAGGCACCUUUGCUGUUUGGCACCUGCUGGGCUUGAUUUGGGGUAUCUCAGUUAUUAAAUGCUUAACAGAGAAAGCUCGAGGGACAGAGCAGUAACUGCACCCGUGUCAUCCCCAUUUUUCCUGUAGCUCCCAGCAGCAGGAGUGGAGUUUUACUGUAGCUUCUGUUCCCAUCUAUUCUGGAACUGAAGCCAUAAAAACAAAUGGAGGAUGAUUACACCACACACUUACACUGAGGAAUGGUGCGGAUGCGUGAAGCAGAAGAAAAACUUGCUCAUUUAGUGUUUUUCUGACUGCCUGCCAGAGCUGCAUCUGCUUUUCAGCCGACGCAGUGCAAAACUGCUAGCUGGCUAUUAGAUGAGAAGAAUUUGAGUAAUUUUUGUCACGUGAAGGAAGAGGGAGCAGAGACCCACCCUGACAGCUUUUCUGAGCUACAAACUGAUGCUCAUGUCCAUUGACUGCUAUGUAAAAGAUACCAAUGCACAAAUUUUUGAGGGAAGUGCUUUCUGUAACAUUCAUCAUUCGAGAAGUUAAUCAGCAAACCGAGCAAGCAGCAAGGCAGGCAGCUGCUGUCAGGAGGUGACCUCUUGUCCUUGAUCUCAUGCUUCUUCAGUGAACCUCUGCAAACUGGCCAGUUUGGGUUUUUAUGGACAAAACUUCCAAGGACCAAGCAGUCUAUUGCCAAGUGUUCAGAAAGGCAGGAAAACACGAAGCUGUAUAAAAAACCCCGCACUGUUUAACCCCUGCUCCAAGGCUUUGUAUUGUGGUUUCCCAGCGAGUUCUUCACCAUUGAAAGUGAAGCUCAAAAGGACUUUGGGGCUGUGCACAAGACACCCUGAAAAGCCUUUUAGAGGCCUUCAAUCCUGUACUGAGCAGAUCCUAAAAAUCCUACUCUUGGUGCCCCGCAGCAUCGUUGCCCACAGCGUGAGUAUACAUCAAUCCCCACACUUCUCUCUCACUUAUGUAUCCUGAGCGCCCUUAUCCCCUGCUUUUAUACCAUCCACGGAGAUCUGUGUAUGGGUCAAGCGUCCUCCCAAAGUAACUGUUCUGAGGACUGGGCCACAUAAAAGGGAAAAAUAUCCAGAAAAACCAGACCUGGUAAAAUCAAAUAAAGCCUGAAGUGUACAAGUGGAAAAGCUAAAGCACAGCUGCCAUUGCUGGUGCCAGAAAGAUGUUUUCAGAAGAGCAGAAAGAGCUGGUGAGAAUCCAGUCCCACCUCCUCAUCCUCGGCAGACCCUCUUGCCUGCCUGGUGGUCUGGCAUAGAGGUGGGAAGGAGGGAAGAGGAUGAGCAGAUGCAAUCCCUUGUAGCAUCUUGGAGGCACCUGGGCUUAUGGUGAAACUACUCAGACCUUCCAGAUGCUGUGCUGGGAGAGCCUUCUGCUGCCCUUUCCCUCUCUUGACUUCCCAUCUCUCACCACCACCUCCUCGGAGAGCUGGGACCAUAUUAGGUCCAUUUAUUUGAAGCCAGGGAGAGAGGAAGGAGAAAUACAAUUACCAGUCUGGAGAUUUAUCUCCUGCAAGGUACCUGGUGCACCGCGUGUCUGCUGAAGCAAAAAUUGCCAUUUGUCUGCCCCUAAUAAUUUCACAAACAGCUCUGGAUCCAGGGAUGAAAUAUGGCCAUUCUCAAGGAGGUGCCUGUAUCUGGACAGAUACCGCAGAUGGCUGCUCCGUCUGGGAUGAGCAGGGAUUUGCUCUGCUCUGCCCAGCAGCUCCAGACGUACCCCAAAAGCAGAUCUUUUCUUUAUACCCCUCCCAAGUGAAGGUGCUGGAGGGUCCAAUGUGAGCCCGGUGGCAGCGAUCCCCUCAGGCUUGCCUCUUGGUCUCUAAUCCCGAGGGACACGCUUGGGGGUGUUUGGAGGCUGGGAGGCAGAAAGACACGAGUCUCUGAGCUGCGCUGUGUCUUUAUAUCAUGUGUUUUAAAUUGCGUUAAAAAAUGUGAUGUAAAAAAAAAAAAAUAAUAAUAAUUCCAUUUAAUUAGGAAGAA